GCCCACUCGAUUGACACGUGUGUUGCCUGUUUGCAGCAUGGCUUCUUCUGCUAAGAGGAGAGCAGUGGGUUUGGGUGAAAAUCCUGAGGAAAGCGGCAACAGCUCCGAUGAGAAUCCAGAGGAGGAGGAUGAUUCCGGAGAGGAGGACAGCGAGGCAUCAGAUGAGGAGAUCAAUGAGGAGGUCAUUGUGGACUUUGAAGCCCACACCAUUUCAGCCAACGACUUCAAUGGCGUCAAGAAACUCUUACAACAGGUCUUCCUGAAGGCUCAUGUAAAUACAUCAGAAAUGGCGGACAUCAUCAUUCAACAGAAUCACAUUGGAAGUGUCAUCAAGCAAGCGGAGGUGCCAGAAGACAGCGAUGAUGACGACCCAGAUGAAGUGUUUGGCUUCAUCACUAUGCUCAACCUCACAGAGAGAAAGGAUUUGCAGUGUGUGGAGGAGGUGAAGGAGCUUAUCGUGAAUCAGUGUGAGAAGAACUCCACCCAGAGCGUGACGGAACAGCUAGAGCAGAUCCUCAGUGACACCAGCAAGCCUGUAGGAUUACUGCUCAGUGAGCGCUUCAUCAACGUGCCUCCACAGAUCGCCCUCCCACUGCACAAACAGCUCCAGGAAGAAAUAGCUGAAGCUCAGAUGACGAAUAAGCCAAGUGGGAGGUGUCACUAUUGCCUGAUGAUCAGCAAGACCUGCAAAGAAGCAAGCAAGAGUAUUCCAGCCAGAGGAGCUCCCAAAGAGGAAUACAUGUUUGUCAAUGCAGAGGAGGAAUUCUUCUAUGAGCAAGCCAUCAUAAAGUUCCACUACUCGGUCCAGGAAGAGGCAGACUCCUGCUUGAGUGGCAGGUGGUCGUUCGACGACAUACCCAUGAAACCCUUCCGGACAGUGAUGCUGAUACCAACAGACAGAAUGUCUGCAAUUAUGGACAAACUCAAAGAAUACCUAACUGUGUGAACCUCACAAUAAACGGGAAUCUACGCACACAUUCAAGGCCUUCAGGCUGGUUUAAUAUAUGUUUUGGUACUGUCAGCAACAGUUAUGCCAGUGUUGUAAACCACAUAGUACAUGUUGCACAGUGAUUCUUUUUUUUUUUUCAGCAAUUUUAGAGCAGAUUUUACAAAUUCUGGUUCACUUUUAAGAUGCAGAAGAAAAUUACCACAUACCCUGUAGAAAUAUACAACGGUUAUAUCCUGUGAAAAUGAAAAACUCAGCACUAAGUCAUGUUUUAAUAAAAAUGGCUUUUGUUCAUGACAAGAUUAUGAACCAAGACACAAUUGUAUAAGUUGUUUGUGUUCAUGACAACAGCUGAUACGUGCGCUAGCCCAGUCUCAGCGGGCGGGGGGCAGGGGGGUCAUUUGCCAUCAAGUAAAAUUACAUUAAUGCUUUUAAAAUUGAUAGAUCCAGAACUUUUUAAACAUAACUUGGUAGAAAUUACAUUUUCAUCUGGAUUAUUGACAUGAAUUCGAACAUACUGUAGACAUUUGUGUAAACAGGAUAAUCCUUGUUAAUCAUUAAUAAAUGUGUUGUAUCCAUCUGCA